AUGGUGGCUGCGGUAGACUCCCUUCGUGGGGCACUGCGGGGCGCGGCGGGUGCGCGUGCCUCCGCAGAUCGAUCGGUGUUCAAGUUGAAAGACGAGUUGCAGGCUUCCCGCCACCAGCAUUCGCAGGUGAUCGGCAUGCUUGCAAAGCUCUUUGAUGCGGGGCCUGAGAUCGUUGAGCGGAUCCUCGCGGUUGUGCCGGACCUGCAGGCGAAGGUGCGCGCCGGUCACGCAGCUCUGCGCGCGAAGGCGGACGGGAUCUCUGUGCCCACCGCUUGGGCCCAAGAGCUGCGGAUCGCCGAGGAGGGCCCUAGGCUGGAGAAGUCCGCUGGCUCGGGCGGGUCGGCCACUGGGCCUUCCGUGGCGGCUGUUGCGACGGCGUCCAGGCCGUCGGCAUUGCGCGCCGACGCCGAGGCCUUCGUCCCCGCCGCGGGCCGCUGGGUUGCGCUGCCGCCCCCGCCUGGCUUCCCAUGCUCGUGCGGUGCCGUGGUGUUUUCGUGCCGCGAGCGGGCGGUGCAAGGCGUCGACGAGGCGCUGGGCGUGGGCGGGCCUCCGCUGCCGCAGGUGAAUGGCCCCCACGGGGGAUGA